AAUGGUUUAAAUGCUUUAAAGCUGAAGCGAGUGUUAGUUUACGGCUUAUAAAAGCAUAACCAACAAACAACUUUGCAAUACAGACAAAAGCGACUGAUAAAGAAGUACAAUGAGACGGUACGCGGCACUUGUGAUUCUGCUUGGAGUAUGUUGUGUACAAACGGCUCCGCUCGAAUUUCAGAGACAUUUCGAGUUCGAGGAUGCCUUGGCCGAAAACAAGACCCAAUCUAUGAUGUGGCGCUCCGAAGCCUCUGGUCUGAAGACGCUCCGCGUGGUGGACCCAAAUGGAACUUCCGCCAUUGAGCUUACCCUCUGCAUCAGGCCAUACGACUCCACACAGAACGUCACAGUCUUUAUCGACGACAUCCGCUACUCUAACGACGGACCGUCUGAUGUUGUCGCCGUGCAGUUUAACGGAACCACCAUCGGAAACUUCACGACGAUCGAGACGUUUCCCAGCGGAAAAGAAUGGAACAUUUUCCGGAACACCGGAAACGUUGGGCCGACUCUUAAUGUGCGCCAGGGACAGUAUUUGCUCGUGCUUACCGCGUUCACGGACAAGUGGGGAAUGGAGUUCGACCGUAUACGUUUGAAUGCGAAGAAUCAGGAUCCUGCGAUAGACUUGUUCUGUGCAAAACCAAACAGACAUAAAAGACAGACAUAUACUCCGAUGAUAAAUGGUGCUGGAACCCUUUUUGGGAACAAUCCGAUUCACCAUGGUCUUGUGCAUUUCAACACGACUGGGCAGAAUAAGAGUAUGAUCAUAACCGGGGUAAAACUGUCAUGUGGCGAGCACCUUAUGGCCAUACAGUUGCAGUACAACAAUACAUGGGGAGAAAAGUACGGUCUAUGGGCACCUGACUGCGUGUACCCCGUAAACCACGUUGAUACCUACGAGUUUGAUUCAACGGAAUGGAUUAAUAGAGCUGAUGUUAGCGUCAUCGGUGGGUUUCCAUGGGCACUGACACUGCAUACGAAUAAACGACAACUACCGACGUGUGGCGUCCCUUCCAUUGAACCGAACACUGAAAGAGGUCAAAGACUGUUGGGGAUUGCGGGCUACUCGGGCUGUUGGUUGGACAGGCUUCAAUUUAUCUGGUCUUCUAAUUGGCAGUGAAUGUUCUUGGAUAACAUAUGAACUGUUCAGUUUUCCUGUUUUGUUUGAUGCAUUUCAUUUUCUUUUUUUCACUUUAUCUAGUCACCAGAAUAUUCAGUUAUCCAGAGAUGACCUUCAAUAUUUCGCAAUGUAUUUAACAAAAAUUACGAUAU